CACGAACAAAAAAAAAAAAAUCAAUCAGAGAGAAAAGAGUAUAAUAAUUUUGACCAUCUCUCUCCAGUUUCUUCUCUUCUCUUCUCUUCUCUUCUCUUUUGCGCACGAACUCUCCCAAAUUUUGCCAAAAACCCUAGCCUCUUGAUUCUUUCAAAAUCCCGAUCCCCCAUCGAUGACGAUUGAGCAAGUCACCGGCGAGACUCCUCCGUCUACGCCUUCUCCCACCGCCGCCACCACCACCAAGGCCGCGCCGUUGGGAUCUUCCGUGAUUCCGAUUGUUAACAAGCUACAGGACAUAUUCGCUCAGCUCGGAAGCCAGUCUUCGAUCGCGCUUCCUCAGGUUGCUGUUGUUGGUAGCCAGAGCAGUGGCAAGUCUAGCGUCCUUGAAGCUCUCGUCGGCCGUGACUUUCUCCCCCGUGGUAAUGAUAUUUGCACUCGUCGUCCUCUUGUUCUUCAGCUUGUCCAGACUAAACGCCGCUCUAAUGGCGGAUCCGACGACGAGUGGGGCGAGUUUCGUCACCUUCCUGAACACACUCGUAUCUAUGAUUUCUCUGAGAUUCGUCGAGAGAUUGAGGCUGAGACGAAUAGAUUAGUGGGAGAGAACAAAGGUGUAGCAGAUAAACAGAUUCGUCUUACGAUUUACUCACCUAAUGUUUUGGAUAUCACGCUUGUGGAUUUGCCUGGUAUUACCAAGGUCCCUGUUGGUGACCAGCCUUCUGAUAUUGAAGCACGUAUUAGAACCAUGAUCUUGUCUUACAUCAAGUCAGAUACUUGCUUGAUCCUGGCUGUUACCCCUGCUAAUACCGAUUUAGCAAACUCUGAUGCUCUUCAGAUCGCUAGCAAUGCAGAUCCUGAUGGUCGUAGAACGAUAGGUGUAAUCACAAAGUUGGAUAUUAUGGACAAAGGUACUGAUGCUCGAAAUCUCCUACUCGGAAAUGUUGUUCCUCUUCGGCUUGGAUAUGUGGGAGUUGUAAAUCGUUGCCAGGAGGAUAUAUUGCUAAACCGCACAAUCAAGGAAGCACUUAUCGCAGAGGAGAAAUUCUUCCGGAGUCGUCCUGCUUACCAUGGUCUUACCGAUCGUUUGGGCAUCCCUCAGCUAGCAAAGAAGUUAAAUCAGAUCCUUGUUCAACAUAUCAAGGUGCUGCUUCCGGAUUUGAAGUCGCGUAUAAGUAAUGCUUUGGUUGCUACAGCUAAGGAGCAUCAGAGCUAUGGUGAAAUAACUGAAUCUAGGGCUGGUCAAGGAGCUCUUCUCCUCAACUUUCUCUCUAAAUACUGUGAAGCAUACUCUUCAUUGCUGGAAGGGAAGAGUGAAGAAAUGUCUACGUCCGAGCUCUCUGGAGGAGCAAGAAUUCACUAUAUUUUUCAGUCAAUCUUUGUUAAGAGUUUGGAGGAGGUUGAUCCAUGUGAAGACUUGACAGAUGAUGAUAUUCGGACUGCAAUUCAGAAUGCAACUGGUCCAAGAUCCGCAUUAUUUGUUCCAGAUGUACCAUUUGAAGUUCUUGUUAGGAGACAAAUAUCUCGUUUGUUAGAUCCUAGCCUUCAGUGCGCUAGGUUCAUUUUUGAUGAGUUAAUAAAGAUUAGCCAUAGAUGUAUGAUGAAUGAGUUACAGCGAUUCCCAGUCCUGAGAAAGCGCAUGGAUGAGGUUAUUGGGGAUUUCCUGCGAGAAGGUCUUGAACCCUCAGAAGCAAUGAUCGGAGAUAUCAUUGAUAUGGAGAUGGAUUACAUAAACACUUCACAUCCAAAUUUUAUUGGUGGAACCAAGGCCGUGGAAGUUGCAAUGCAACAAGUGAAGUCUUCGAGGAUUCCCCAUCCUGUGGCAAGGCCAAAAGACACAGUGGAGCCUGAUAGAACAUCUUCUUCCGCGAGUCAGGUGAAAUCUAGAACCUUUCUCAGUAGGCAAGCUAAUGGAAUUGUUGCUGAUCAGGGAGUUGUAUCUGCAGAUGCCGAAAAAGCUGCACCAGCUGCAAAUGCGAGUGAUACAAGGUGGGGUAUCCCUUCAAUUUUCCGAGGGGGUGAUACUCGAGCAGUAACUAAAGAUAACUUAUUAAACAAACAAUUCAGUGAAACUGUUGAGGAUAUGUCUCAUAACUUGUCGAUGAUCUAUCUAAAAGAGCCCCCAGCUGUCUUGAGGCCUUCGGAAACCCAUUCAGAACAGGAAGCAGUUGAGAUUCAGAUAACAAAGCUGUUGCUAAAAUCAUAUUAUGACAUUGUAAGGAAGAAUAUUGAGGACUCGGUACCAAAAGCAAUCAUGCAUUUCCUGGUAAACCACACAAAACGUGAGCUGCAUAACGUCUUCAUCAAGAAGCUUUACAGGGAGAACUUGUUUGAAGAAAUGUUGCAAGAGCCAGAAGAGAUAGCAGGUAAACGGAAACGCACGCAGGAGACUCUCCACGUUCUUCAGCAAGCUUACAGGACACUAGAUGAGUUGCCUCUGGAAGCAGAUUCAGUGUCAGCGGGGAUGUCAAAACAUCAGGAGUUGCUGACAUCUUCAAAGUAUUCCACAAGCAGUUCACACUCAGCAUCUCCCAGUACAACAAGAAGAUCAAGAAGAGCAGGUGAUCAACACCAAAAUGGAUACGGAUUCUAACAUGAUCCAAAUAUCAAAAAUCUCUAGACUGUGAUAACGCAUUUCAUUCAUUUAAUGGUUCUCUCAGGUUUUGGUUUUAAAUUUAUGUGUUGGUUAAAUGAAGAAUCUAUAUAGGAAAUACUGGGACAGUGUGGGUUUUUGGAACCUGCAUUGGUUUGACUGAUAAGAGGGAGUGAAGGUGAUAUAUAGUUUUACUAUUUGUUUCAAAUGCUCCCUGCAAACAAUAACGGGAAGCAAACUCUUUCACUCCGAUUUCUUGGGAUGGCUUUAACUUAAUAAGUUGUAUUACAUGAUCGGUCCACAUGACCUUUUUUCUUAUUUUUUUGGACAUCAAAGUUCCACA